CACUUCGAUCUCAAGCUCAAAGUCAAGCCAUAAGAGAACUUUCGGAACGUCCAAAUCGGUCACGUUUCAGCUUCACAGCAUCAUUUACCGGGAAUAGGUGUCGAAUCUUAUCUCUACGGUGGUAAGGGUAGCGGCUGACUAAAAAAAGAGCUGCAGUUUGGUGUCGCCUAAAGAAGCAGUCCAACAAUGGUAUUCGUCGCGCCAAAGCUGUCAGCGGAGCAAGCGUCCCAUGUACUAGCCUCUGUAUGGGUGCUUUCGAAGAGAAACAGGAGGAGGUUCGCACGGAUAAUGACGGUUCAACAGCAGCAAAAUUGCUUCCGACUGAGGGAUGCGGCUCCUUCAGUUGACAGCAGCAGACGCUUUGACGUUAUGCUCGACGAUGCUACGGCUAAAGCUCGCUAUCGUUUUACUAUCACAGAGCUGAGGGAGCUGGCGAAGAAACUCAAGCUGCCCGUGGACGGUGUUACAACUCCGUCGGGAGAUCGAGUCGACCGCGUUGAGGCACUAGCAAUGCUGUGCCGUCGCCUUUCGGAGCCUUCGAAGUUGUUGACUGUAGCAAGUGAAUUUGGGCGAGGCACGGGUCCGUACAGUCGUGUCGUGAAAAAAAACCGCUCAGCUUCUCGUUAACCAGCACCUUGACUUAGUAUACUUCAAUUAUCAACUCGUACAUCUAAGAAUUAACGAGUAUGCAGCUGCCAUUCACUCCAAAGGAUCUUCGUUACGAAUGUGCUGGGCUUUUAUUGAUGGAACAAAGCAGUAUGUGGCUA